AGGAGGCACCGGGGCUGCUGCGGGAGCAUGGCCGCGCCGUGGGCCGCCCGCGGGCUGCGGGCCGCGAAACGGUACAUCUCCACAGUGGCCGUCUCUCGGCUGAUGCCCGAUGAGGUGGUUCGGAUGCGAAAUGAACUCUUCACCAAAGAGAAGGAGAGACAAUUGUCCCUGCACCCACGGAUUGAGAAGAUUGAAGUGAAAUACACGGGGAAGCCACACCCUGGCACUGUGUUUGUCAUGAACAAGGCUCUGUCCACGCCCUACAACUGUGCCAUGCAUUUAAGUGAAUGGCAUUGCAAGAACUCUGUUCUGGCUUUUGUGGAUGGUGAAGUCUGGGACAUGUACAGACCCCUGACCAAAUCAUGUGAAAUUCAGUUCCUUACCUUCAAAGAUGAAGAUCCAGAGGAAGUAAACAAGGCAUAUUGGCGCUCCUGUGCCAUGAUCAUGGGCUGUGUGCUAAAGAGAGCAUUCAAGGAUGAAUACUCAGUCAACCUAGUUAAAGCUCCAGAAGUGCCAGUGAUCUCUGGAGCCUUCUGUUAUGAUGUGGUUUUGGACAAUAAACUGAAUGACUGGAAACCAACAAAUGACAACUUCUGUUCUCUUACAAGGGAUGCCAAAAAACUAAUCUAUCAAGACCUGCCCUUUGAAACUCUGCAUGUUGAAGCAAAAGUAGCACGUGAAAUGUUUCAGCACAAUAAAUACAAAAUGGAGAUGAUAGAAAGAAAAGCUGCUCAGAAUAUGGAAGGAAUUGUGCCAUUACAUAGGUUUGGUGACUUUGUAGAUGUCAGUGAAGGUCCUCAUAUUCCAAGGACAAGUUUCUGUUUCCAGUAUGAUAUAACAGCAGCCCAUAAUCUUCAGACUGACCAAUCUGAAUUGAUAAGGAGAUUCCAGGGUGUGUCCUUGCCAAUACAUUUGAAGGCUCACCACACUGUGUGGCACAAGCUGCUGGAAAGAUCAAAGAGGCUGGUCACUGAAGAAGAAUAUUUGGAAACAUCAGAGCAAUGUCUUGAGACAAAAGAUGAAACUGAAGAAGGAAAACAUGUAUCAGUUUAAAUUAGGUUGAACCUCUAAAUGUACAUAAUAAACUGUGUAUUUUUACAUGACUUGUUUUGUGCCUCUUACAAAAAUAUCUUGGGUAAUUAAUUUGAAUUCUGUGACAUAAAUCAUAGGUAAGUAUAGGCACAGGUAUACACAAAAUGUUUCAGCUCCCUUUAAAGGUUUCCUUAAAGAAAAAAAGGGUGGGUGAAGGGAAGUUAAUUUUUUAUCUGCAAUAACUUGCAAGUUGCCCCUGUCCUUACCUGGACAACAGUAAUUGCAUGUGUCCAUCCAUAUGUUGUUGCCUACUGCAACCAAAAGUUGAGACAAAUAGUAUCUUAAAAAGAUACCCUUAAGAGUGUGUAAAGGUAUAAU